GUCAAAUCAGAGCUUUCCAAGAGCAGGGAGAGGGAGCUUUGGACUGACUGACAGACAUUGGUCAGGGAGAGGGGUACAGUCUAGCCAGGGAAAUUCUUUGAGUCUUUGAAUAUCCUCCACUUUGAGGCAACGGUUCUACAGAUUCCCAUGAAUAAGACAACCUCUUGAUAAGAAAACCCCUUGACCUGUAGGCACCGCCACAGCAGAGAGUUCAUCCGUCUGCCCCGGCCUUUCCUUGAAAACGGUCAUUUUUUGAAGUGAUCUACUCUCAGUUUCUCAUCAACCAACAAAGACAAUUGCCCUCCCCCUCCACCUGAAGGCAGCUUCCAGCCAAAAAUGCCUCUUGUCCCAUCCUUCCUCAUCCUGCUCCUCACCUGCCCUGCCCUCCUGACCCCAUCAGCUUCCCAGGACCUGCAGCCUGGGGGUCAAAGGGCACCCAGGGACACAAAGCCAGAAGGUGGCGGGCAGCCAAUCAAAGUAGUGAUCUCUGAGGCGUGUGUUCAGGGGGACUCCAGUCAGACCCAGGGCAAGGAACUGGACCUUGAGCCUGGUUCUGCUCUAGUCCUUACCCAUCGGAUCCGACUGGUUCCGGGGUCGUGCGCAGGCGGGUGCGAGGCCGAGUUUGCUGCCCUGCGAGACCGUCUGGAGAGGCUGGAGAAGGAGGUGUCAACAUUGAGGGAGAAGUGUGGAGGCCCAGAGGGGGGCUGCUGCACGUCCCAGCAGAGUAAAGGUGCAGAGUGCUCCAUCAAGCCGGAGGGAGACGAGUGUCCUAAUGAGUGCAGUGACCAGGGACGCUGUGAAGAUGGCAAGUGUGUCUGCUUCCCAGGGUUCAGUGGGCCCGACUGCAGUUUGUCUGACUGCCCCGGCAACUGCAAUGACAAGGGGAAGUGUGUGAACGGCCAGUGUGUGUGCGACCCAGGUUUCACAGGGCCAGACUGCUCUUCAGAGUCCUGUCCUGGAAACUGUAACAACAAGGGGCGAUGUGUGAACGGGCAGUGUGUGUGCGACCCAGGUUUCACAGGGCCAGACUGCUCCACCAAGGCUUGUCCUGGAAACUGCAAAAACGGGGGGAAAUGUGUGAACGGUAAGUGUGUGUGUGAUAGCAGUUUUACAGGCCCAGACUGCUCCACCAAGUCCUGCCCUGGCAACUGCAGCAACCGUGGAAAGUGUGUGAACGGCCAAUGUGUCUGCGAUAGCGGCUUUACGGGGCCGGACUGUUCCGCCAAAGCAUGUCCCAAUAACUGCAGCAACAAGGGAAGGUGCGUGAACGGGAAGUGCGUGUGUGAAGUGGGCUUCAGCGGACAGGACUGCGCCGCUAAGGGCUGUCCCAAUAACUGCAGCAACAAAGGGCGCUGCGUGAAGGGGAGGUGUGUGUGUCGCCGUGGUUUCGCCCCCCCGGACUGCAGCCAGUGUGAAGCUGGGUUCACUGGAGCUGACUGUGGCACCGCCAUGUCUGGUGUGUCCCAGCUCAACACCAAGGACAUCACUGAAUCCUCUGUUACCCUCUACUGGACACCACCUCCAGUCCAGUAUGACACCUACCACGUCACCUUCACCAGCCAGAAAGAGGGCGAUCAACAGAUAACAUCUCAAGUUGGUGGGAAGCUCACGACCUACACCCAAACAGGACUGGCGGCCGGGCAGGAGUACACGGUGACAAUCAAGGGAGAAAUAAAUAGGAGAAUGGGCACUGAGAGCACAGUAGAAUUCACAACCCUUAUCUCUGGACCCACAAACCUUCGAGUUGUGAAGACAACCACAACAUCUGCAGUUGUCCAAUGGGAACAAUCGCAAGGACACGUCGACAGGUAUCGCUUAACUGUUGCACCCAAUCAGACGGACGGAACAGCCAAGGGAAGACAAGACCUGACACUGCCCCCUGAGAGGGACUCUGCCCAGAUUGACGGUUUGGACCCGGGACAUUUGUAUGACAUCACACUAGUGGCUGAAAAGGGCGGGAUCAAGAGCAAGCCAGCAACAGUCCAAGUCACUCCUGGUCCAGAGCCUCCCUCAGGUCUUGUCUUCAGUGAAGUGACUGAGACGUCUUUCUCUGUGUCCUGGACCAAGCCAAAAGGUCCCGUGAGUGGCUUCAAGGUCACCUACACUAACACACAGGAAGGGGAGCCUCUCUCCGCAACGGUGGACUCUGGGGAUUCCACUCUGGCACUGUCAAAGCUCUCUCCAGGGUCCUCCUAUGAGGUCAGUGUGAUAUCCGUCCUUGGACUGGACGAGAGCGAUGCAAUCAAAGACCUGGUUAUGACACUCCCUGACCCUCCGAGGGAUCUCCGGGCCAUUAAUGUCACAGACACCAAGGCCUUGCUGCUAUGGCGACCAGCACUGGCACCAGUCGACCAUUACGUCAUAGUUUAUGGCUCUGAAAAAGGGUCAGAUGAUGCCAAGAUCACUGUAUCGGGCAAUGCGGCGGAGCAGCAGCUGAAAGGCCUACAGGGCUCCACUAGGUACACCGUCACAGUCACCAGUCAGCUGGGCAACCUGGACAGCUCUGCCGCCAUCACCGUCUUCACCACCACCGGUGGAUCCAGGGGAGACGGGGAAGUUCCGCGUGACCUGAAGGCCAGUCAGGUGACUCCUCGCUCAGCGCUGUUGACGUGGAAAGCACCCUCUGCCGCCGUGGGAAGCUACAAGCUGACCUAUCAAACGGAGGGACAGGAGAUAAAGGAGGUUACCAUUGACUCCACAGUAACAGAGUUCAAAUUGACCAGGCUGCAUCCCAUGUCCAAGUACACCGUGCAUCUACAGGGGGAGAGGGGAGGGAGCUAUACUGCUACAAUUUCCACUGAGUUCACCACAGGGAAUCUCCGAUACCCCUUCCCAAGUGACUGUUCCCAGGAGCUGCUAAACGGGAUACACGAGUCUGGAGAGGUGGAAAUCUUCCCCAGGGGAAGGCAGGGGAAACCAGUGCUGGUCUACUGCGACCAGGUGACUGAUGGAGGUGGCUGGACGGUUUUCCAGAGAAGGAUGGAUGGGAAAACGGACUUCUUCAGAGGCUGGAAAAACUACAGCAAAGGUUUUGGAGAACUGAGUGGGGAAUUUUGGCUGGGUAAUGAGAACCUACACAAUCUAACCAGCAUGGCACCAAUGACCCUACGUGUGGACCUCCGUGCAGGGGACGAAUCAGUGUUUGCCAAGUACUCUGCAUUCACAGUGGACACUGUUAGAAGGAACUAUGCUCUCAAAGUGUCUGGGUACAGCGGUACAGCAGGUGACUCUAUGAGUUACCACAACGCGCGAAUGUUCUCUACCAGAGACAGAGACCCCACGCCUUUCAUCACCCGCUGCGCCAUGUCCUAUAGGGGGGGUUGGUGGUACAAGAACUGCCACGAGGCCAACCUUAAUGGCCUCUACGACACCAGUGUCAAUCAUCAGGGUGUGAUCUGGACUGCCUGGAAAGGCAAGGACUUGUCCAUCCCUUUCACCGAGAUGAAGCUCCGACCAACAUCUUUCACCCCUCCAACUCAGGGAUAAUGACAAAGUGGUGGACGGAAAAUGAGAAGGGGGGAGAGGCACAGUUUAUGAACACACACACACACACACACACAUCCAGGUAACUGCUGAAAUAAAGGAAACACCAACAUAAAGUGUCUCGAUAGGGCAUUGGGUCAUCACGAGCCA